AUGAAUGGUGGCACGGUAGUAUAUCGUGCCUUAAGACCACGUUCCAUGAAAAGUGUAGAUUUCAAUAAAUUGCCUGUACACUGGAUGGCGAACAAGGCUUGGGUAACCAGUGCAAUUUUCACAGAGUGGUUUCAGAAGCACUUCAUCCCAGAAGUUAGGCGCUACAUGAAAGAAAAAUGUCUCGAAUUUAAAGUUCUUUUGAUUCUAGACUAUGCACCAGGCCAUCCAGUUUUGGAGCAGUCACUAGACCAGGGGAUAAUUGCUACGUUUAAAACGUAUUACAUAAGAAGUUCAUUUCAUUAUGUUUUAGAAAAACUUGAUAAUUAUGAGGAAUCAUUAGUCAUAGAUGAAUGGAAAAAAUUUUCUAUAAUGCACUGCAUUAAUCAAGUCAAGAUCGCGUUAGAUUUAUUAAAGCCAUCAACUUUGAACUCGUGUUGGAAAAAUAUUUGGUCAGAAUGCGUAAAAUGCAAAGAUCCUGUUAUCGAUAAUAACGCUGAACUUGCUGAUAUAAUAACAAUGGCCAAUGCAAUCGGUGGGGAUGGAUUCGAUGACCUAUCGUUAGCAGAUGUAGAAGAAUUGUUGGUAGAUGAAAGCUUGAGCGAAAAUGAAAUUAUAGAUCUCACCCUUGAGACUUGUUAUGAUAAAGAACCUAGUGACAGUGACGAAAGAGAUCGUCCAAUUUUGAAAGCAUCUCUAAUUAAAGAAGGUCUUGAUCUCGCUACAAAAUUAGGUAGUCAUUUUGAACAACAUGAUCAUGACGAGGAACGAGCUGCCAAAUUUCAACGUGAACUGAAAUCAUUAAUGGCAUCUUACAGGGAAGUUUAUAAUGGGUUAACGCGAAAUAAAACUCAAUCUAAAAUAACUGAUUUCGUUCAAAAAUCUACUGAUGUCCCAACACAGUCGGCUAGAAAUGAUAAUGAUCAACAAAAUCAUUCCAGUGAUGGCAGUGAUAUUGUAGUCUUUCGCAAACGUUUACGUUUAUUAUCAGACAGUGACAAUAAAUAA